AUGGUUUCGAGGUCCUUUCAACCACUUUCAACCACUCUUUGCUUUGGACUCCUAACUUUGUUAACUGUAAUGAGUUUUUUGGAAUUGGUGCAUGGACAGCCAUAUCUUACCCAAGGAAAUGAACUGUUUCCAGAUAAAGAAGACACAAAUCAUAAGGAACUACUGCUGGCUCUACUGAAUAAACAUUUUGAUUUCCAAAGACCUUUUAACAUUGAAUUGGAAAAGCUAAAAGAGCAGUUCACGGAGGCAAAAGAUGUUGAGAUAUCCUAUGCUAUAGAUGGUCCAUCUUCUUCCCAUCCAAGCAAGCGAGCGUGCUUUUGGAAAUACUGUGUCUGA